CCCAGCUGUAGCCCCAGGCCCUGUCCCUGCCCCUGCCACAGCUCCCCUAGCAGCCCCAGCUCCAGCUGCGGCCCUAGCGCCAGCCCCAGCCUUAGCUACAGCCCCAGCAGCAGCCCCAGCUCCCGCUGCAGCCCCUACCCCAGCCCCGGCCCUAGCUGUGGCCCCAGCUGCAGCCCCAGCCCGCACACCCCAUGGUGAAUCAACUCCUGCAUGUCAGGAGCCCAGUGUGGUUCUCUGCAAGGGCCAGCAGGAGGGGCAGAUCUCAACUAGCUGGGGAAACCUUAUUUCAAUGGUUCUUAGGAGUCACCCCUUCCCAAGGCAAGAGAGGCCCCAGGGGACAGCCCCAAGUGCAGCUCAGGAGAGCCCCAGAGAGCCCAGCGCUUCCACGCCCUCUGAGAACACUCAGUCUAGUUCUCCCCCUGAAGGGGCCACCCCCAGCCUCGUGGUCAGGGACGGCUCCUCAGGGGCAGACACAGGGGGCCUGGCUAAGGCGCCCACCCCAGGGCCCCAUGCAGGCCCAAGAGGAGAUGGAACGGAGGAGAAACGUCUGGACUUGCUGCUGCCCGAAGCUGCCGUGCCCAGGGCCCCUUCACAGCAGCCUGAGUCCACGAAGCCUGGCCCUGCACCCUCCCCCGCUGCCAGGCGGGACCCGCAGCCUGUACCCAGGCCUCGGAAACGCAGCAUGUGCGAAAUAGCGGAGAGUUCUGAGCGGAAGCUCAGCCAAGCUGCCCCGGGACAGGUGUCCGGGGAGAGGCUCAGCGCUGCGGGCAGCAGGGAUGUCCUCACAGAGAAGCAGAAGGAGGACCGCAGGCUCAUGGCGUUUCUGCAGAGGCGAGGGGCCUGGGGGGUGGCGGAGGGGCCCCCGAGGCCCGGCCCCCUGGCUGGGGAGCCAGCCCUGGCCUCGGCAGCAGCUAUGCGGCGGCGGCUGGACCUGGGCAGCUGCCUGGACGUGCUGGCCUUCGCCCAGCAGCACGGGGAGCCCGGCCUGGCCCGGGACACCUACGCCCUGAUGAGCGACAAUCUGCUGCAUGUGCUCAGGGACCCGAACCUCUACCGGCAGCUGAGCGCAGCCGACCGCGAGCGCAUCUUGAGCAUGCGCACUGGCCGGGGCCAGGCGGUGCUGGGCGUCCUCGUGCUGCCCAGCCUCUACCAGGUCAGCCGCGCAGGGCUCACCAGGGGCCUUCGCGGGGAGGACGCCCCCGCCGCGGGGCCUGCGCCCCAGCCUCUUCCAUCGCACCUGCACGUGUUCCACCCCCGAGAGAAGGCGUGGCGGCCGCUGACGCGGGUGCCGGAGGAGGCCCCACUGCGGGGCUGCGGCCUCUGCACCAUGCACAACUAUCUGUUCCUGGCGGGCGGCAUCCGUGGGUCGGGCGCCAAGGCCGUCUGCUCCAACGAGGUCUUCUGCUACAACCCUCUGACCGACACCUGGAGCCAGGUGCGGCCCAUGCUGCAGGCCCGGGCCCAGCUCAAGCUGGUGGCCCUGGACGGGAUGCUGUACGCCGUCGGCGGCGAGUGCCUGUACAGCAUGGAGCGCUACGACCCCCGCACUGACACCUGGACCUCACGCGCGCCCCUUCCUGCAGGCACCUUCCCCGUGGCACACGAGGCUGUGGCCUGCCGUGGGGACAUCUACGUCACUGGGGGCCACCUCUUCUACCGUUUGCUCAGGUACAGCCCCAGGAAGGAUGCGUGGGACGAGUGCCCCUACAGCGCCAGCCACCGGCGUUCCAGCGACAUGGUGGCGCUGGGGGGCUUCCUGUACCGCUUCGACCUGCUGCGUGGUGUGGGCGCCGCGGUCAUGCGCUACAACACCGUGACGGGCUCCUGGAGCCGAGCCGCCCCCUUGCCCCUGCCGGACCCUGUCCCGCUGCGCUGCGCCGUGCUGGGCAACACCAUCUACUGCCUGAACCACCAGGUCACGGCCACUUUCACGGUCUCCGAGGGAACUGCUCAGUUCCAGGCCAGGGAGCUGCAGCCCUUCCCCCUGGGGAACCAAGGCGUCCUCUGUCCGUUCAUCCUGACUCUACCGCCCCCGGACCGGCUCCAGACUGCCCUCUGAGCCUCUACGGGGCACCAGGCACACCCUGGUGGGGGAGUGAGUGUGGCUGUUGCGCAGGGAAGUGGCUGCUGCUGUCCCUGGGACAGCUUUCGUCUUUGUCUCUGGGGCUAGGGUUACAGUAAGCCUCUUGUUUCCCGGUACAACCCCUCCCCGUGGAGAGCCUGGCUCCCCGCACCUGCGGUCUGGUCGCUGGGAGCCCCUACCACCCCCUUUCUGAUGAGUCCUUGCCCCACCGCCUGGGGGCAUUCACAGACCCGUCCUGGAGGCAGAACACCCCUUCCAGGGGCCCCCAGGGGCCAGGUGCCCCUCUCAAAGCACCAACCAUAUUGCCUGUAAAACUGCCUUAGGGACACUGGUGCUCUUUGAGCGAGGGACCGACGCGUCCACAGGACCAGGACUGGGCUGGCUGAGGAAGGAGAUGGCUGGGAACACAUUCGUGCUUCUCGAGGGCUCCACGCUGGCCAAGGGGCCUGUGUCAGGGUGGGAAGGUGGAGCAGGGAGCAAAGAAGUCCCCAGAAAACAUCCUUGGACUGGGGCUUUCUGCCCAUCCUGGCUUGGCUCGCUCCAGAAACCACUCUUAGCCCUCCUUCAUCUGACUGGUUCUCUGUAUGUGAAACUGCGCUGCUGUCUGCAGCCCCAUAACCCCAGCCCAGACCAGGCCAUGACCUCUCGGGCUCACGUCCCUCUGCAGCCUGUGGGGUCUGUGCCACCUGCUCAGCCCCUCCACUUCCCACCUCACCUCCUACCCUUGAAGGGUGAGACCUGGGCUGGGCCGUAGCUCCGCCCUUUGUUAGCUGUGUGGACUUGGACGAGACAGCUACCUUUGUGUCCUCACCUGUGAAGGGAUGAUGGACGUGUCACUCAGGAGAGCUAUGAGGACACCGGUCACCUAGGGGAGC